AAAAAUUCAGAUUUUCCAAAUUUGGAAAUUUGGGAAAAUUUUGGAAAUUAUCCCAAUUUUGGGAUCUGAUUGGGAAAUUCAGGACCCAAUAUUGGGAAAAUAUUGAGAGACGCAACCAGGAAAAAAAUAAAUUAUCAGUUUAUUCCCAAUCUUGGGAAUAAAUCCCAACAAAAUCCAAGAUUGGGAUUUUAUUGGGAAAUAUUUCACAAAAAAAUCCCAAAAUUGCAUGCAACAGUUCUUAAGAAUCCAAUACGAAACUACACUUGGGAAAUAACUGGAAAAUUUUAACAAGAAAAUCCCAAAAUUGCAUACAAUAGUUCUUAAAAACCCAAUAGAAAACCAAACUUGGGAAAUAAUUGAAAAAUGUGAACCAAGAAAAUCCCAAAAUUGCAUGCAACAGUUCUUCAGAAUCCAAUAGGAAACCAUACUUGGGAAAUAACUGGUAAAUUUUAACAAGAAAAUCCCAAAAUUGCAUGCAACAUUCCUUAAGAAUCCAAUAGGAAGCCAUACUUGGGAAAUAACUGGAAAAUUUUAACAAGAAAAUCCCAAAAUUGCAUGCAACAGUUCUUAAGAAUCCAAUAGGAAACCAUACUUGGGAAAUAACUGGAAAAUUUUAACAAGAAAAUCCCAAAAUUGCAUGCAACAGUUCUUAAGAAUCCAAUAGGAAACCAUACUUGGGAAAUAAUUGGAAAAUUUUAACAAGAAAAUCCCAAAAUUGCAUGCAACAGUUCUUAAGAAUCCAAAAGGAAACCAUGCUUGGGAAAUAAUUGGAAAAUUUUAACAAGAAAAUCCCAAAAUUGCAUGCCCCACAAUGCACAAUGCAUUGCGCGCAUCGCUCUUUCCCCUUAGAAGCGACUGGGUACGAGUCUGUCGACAGGGUGUGCUCAGUGUUUGCAGUUUGUGCCGUUGAAAUGAGUCGAGAGCAACAAGAACAGCCAGAUAUUGUGGAUCCAUCACCAGCUCCCUCAGAAGAAGAAGAUGUUAUUUCAAAAGUGACAGAGCACUUUGGCGAUGCAAUUGCACAGCGAUUUAAAGAUGAAGAUAUUACAUGCCCAGAAGCAAUAGUAGACUUGCUAUCUAAAGAUGCUGAUGCGCCAAUUUACUCAAAGGUUGGCUUAACCUAUGGAAAGGCCCUAAAAUUCAAAAGGAUUUUUGAGGAGUCGUUCCAAUUGCCAAAGAAAUCUUCAUCAGCCUUGCCCAAGUGCAAACCAACAAUGGCAGAGUUGUCAACAUACGAUCCUGAAAUACAAAGACUGUACCUGUCUAAGCGCAAGAAGAUUGGCGCACUUGCCAUGGAAAAGUGGGGUGGGCAACUCCCGAAGUUCAACACUCCCAUGAUGAGAACACAACUGGAAAAGUUUGCUAAAGAAAUUGAAGACCAGUGUUCUGUGCCUGAAAUAAAAUUCACAGUGGAUGGCAUUAUGCAACACACUAAGGAUUUUUUCAGUGAACAGCGGCGUGAAAGAAAAAGAACAAGCCCUCCAGAUUCCUGGUCUCCUAGAACACCAAGUUCUUCUAGGGCUGGCUCUUCAGAUGAGGAAUUCUCACUACAAUGCUCCCAAGCAAAGCUACCUAAAAUGCCUUCCAUGGGCAGUCAAGAUGAUGAGGAACCAGAUGAUGAAGGAUCUGAUAAUGAUGGAUCUGAUGAUGAUGGUUCUGACGAUGACAAGAAAAGUACAGAUACUCUCCCAGAAACUGAACCUACAGUCAUAAAUAACUUACAUAGUAAAGCAGUGAAGGUUAUCAUUAAGGCGGUAUGUGGAAGUAUCCCAAAGGAUAGGGAGGUAAUAGUUGAUGCCUUAAAAAACACUUUUUUUCAAUAGGUCCAAGAACACUAUUGAACCUUACUCACACACAAGUGUGUGGGUGCUGCAUGGCCAACAAGAUAAUUGCAGGCAAAUGUGUUGAAUAUUUGGUAAAGCCAAACAAAAACUGUUAACAAAAAGAUCAAACUUUGAGCUCAUAGUACCUGUAUGGUAAAGUUUUCCCUGGCAUUUAGUAGAUAGUUGCCCAAGAACACUACCAUAUUGAACCUUACUCCCACACACAAGUGUGUGAAGUGCUGGCCAACAAGAUAAUUGCAGGCAAAUGUGUUAAAUAUUUUACUUAUUUUACAGCAUUUUACUGUACUUGAAGCUGUCAUGUUAGAAACUAUUGUAAAGGUUACUUACCUUUAAUUAUUUGCACUCUACAUUAAAACUAUGUUGUUUCUACAAAAAGGGAUGUUUGAAUUCUAUUAAAUUUUCCUAGUAUGUUAA